GCCUCGUUCUGAAACUGUUAUGGUGGCCUCCUUGUCACUUAUUUUCUGCUGAAAUAUCAAACAAAUUGCAGCAUGGAUGACACACCAAGGUCAGCAGUGGCCACGCCAUCAGGCUCUGAAGCAUCUGGGAAAAAAUCAGCACGAGGAGAUAUUGUUUCGCGUCAGUCUGGAAAGGUGACAUUUCCAAACUCGGCCAGAUCCAGCAGAAUGUCGGAACAGUCUGAAAGCAUAACUCCAACCGGGAAUCCAUUUAAGAUGCCACCAGACAAUGACAUCUUUGUCCUCAGAGACAAAGAACGCCAGAAAAAGAAACAGGAACGCAUCCGCCAGCGUAGCCUUAAAGUCCACGAAAAAACGACUUACGCCUCCCGUGUGAACUUCCGUACCGCUUCCAUGAUUCGUCCGGCAGAUUCUGACGAGGAGAGGCAAAAGUCGGAUGAUGAUGAAGAGAAGGCUCUUGCUGUUAAAGACGAUCCACAGUUUACGUUGGCGGUGACCAGGGAUCGCCAUGUGGAGAAAGAGAGUCUGGCUGAUUAUAUCUCGAAGAAGAGGGAGAUGUUUUUGGUGCAGUACUCUUUGGGUGUAAAGAGAGACGAGAUGAGAAAAUUAGAAGAGAUAGCUGCAGCAGAGGAGAGAAAGUUAGAGCUAGCAGAACAAUACUUAGAAGAAGAUGCUGCAAUGUUCGAUGAAUUCUUGAAGGAAAAUGACAAAAACUCUGUCGAGGCAAUCAAAAUAGCUGAAGCAGAGACUAAGGCCAAGUUGGAGAAAGUGUCCGAGAUCAAGCGAAUUAAUGCCCAGAUGAUGGCUGUGAAGAGUGAAAUAUCAAAAUACGAAGAUACGUUGAAAGAAUAUCAGUUGUACAAGAAAUUUUUAGACGCACUGACUCCUCAGGAGUGGCGUGACCAAAGAGAUUAUCAACGAGCCAAGCGAAGAGAGGAGAGAAAGAAGAAAAAAGAGGAGGAAUUGGCUAAGAGGGGACCACUUCUUCCAAAGACACCAACCAACACAGAUGACAAGUCAAAGAAAUCAAGUAAAUCUCCAUCAAAAUUGGGCAUGAAUGCCAAGGGAGUUGCAAAGAGAGUAGGCGUCGGGGCGAUAGCCUUCAAAUGGAGGAAACACUCACGACAGGAGUCUGGAGCAAGCAGUGGACGCAGCUCAAGUCAGGCAGAUACCAAGAGCGUGGUGUCACUGACUGACGACUCUGAGGAUGAGAGUGACGAGGAGCCAGAAUUGUACUUCACCGACCCGCAGCAGCUCCUGGACAUCUUUGCGGAGCUGGAAGAGCAGAAUCUGUCGCUGAUUCAGAACAGCCAAGAGACGGAGGAGGCUUUGGAGGAAAUGAAACAGACGAUUAAAAACACAAAAGGAAAAAUGGAAAAAGAGACAGAGAUUUUAAAAGAACAGAUUGACAAAUUAAACAACGCUAUAAACCGAGAGGAGGAGAAGGCAACUGAGUUAGAAGUGAAAGCAAAAUUGUUCUCAUACGGCGAGUUCAAACAGGAAGAUCAGGAGAAGAUGCUGGCUCAGCUGAAUAACAAGGUUGAGGAUGUCUACAGGAGUUGUAUCGGAGACAAUGAGGCAAACAUCAGUACUUUACAGAUGUUGACAAACAUUGAAAACCGUUUGGAGGAAUUAUUCGAGAUGAUAGAAAUGAUGCCACAAGACAAAGUGGAAGCAGCAGAAAAGGCUAAAGACAAGGAGAGGCGAUUGAAGUUACGCGAAGAGAAAAUGGAACAGCAACGUUUACACCAAGAAGACCGGGUUAGGCGAGCAUUGGAAAGGGCCAAGGCGGAUCCCAAGAAAAGGACCGGGAAGAAACUAGUUUUCCGAUCAGAGCCACCACAGUUGAAGAAGAAAGAAGACGAUGGUGACGACCAGGCUACGCGAGAGGAGGAAUUCCUGGCAUAUUUCUUCACAUAGGUGGCGCUUUUGGCCGAAUAAAUGUAUAAUCCGUCCAAACUGUCAGUUAUUUAUUUUGUGGCGCCUCUGUGAUCUAGCGAAUAAAUGUUUACAACCAUCCGUCUUCUUUAUUAUGUUUUAAUCAUGACUGCUGAAUCUUUUCUGGUGAAACUCCUGGAUGCACAGAUGUAUGCUUUUUAAUGAUGAUAAAUUAUUGUUCCGUUUUUGGAACUUUAUUAAUUUAUUUAUGCAUGUUGACCACGUAAACAUCGAGAUUCAAGGUCUGUAGUUCCAGGGUGGGCUGUACCACUCGCCCUUUUGCAAAUGGCUAACACAGGACAUGGCUAGCUCAGGCCGAUGUGAUCUGAUUUCAUGGUUCCCGUCGGUUUUCAGAAAUCUUUUAGUGGCCUUGUAUGGGAAUGAUAUAGCUUGAUUACAUUCCACUUGGAAUUAUGAUAGAAACUGUAUCACAUAUCUGGUUUUUCUGUAGAACGUGUGUUUUGGCUAAAUAAUUAAAAAAAACAGAGCCAGCCCUUUGUUACAUGUAAGAUAUAUUUUUUGAUAGCAUACAAGCGUCCUUAGACAGACAUUGUCAGUUUGAUAAUAACACUCAUAUGUAUAAUGUGUACAUAGUAUGUGUCACAAUAAAUAAUAUGUAAAAUUUAGAAA